UCCCCGCAGCCGUGCCCCGCCUGGCCGGGCCUCCUGCUCCUGAGUCCCUUUAAUCCUGGGGUUUAGAUGAAGAAAAGGCCCGCCUGCACCUCGCCCCUACUUUAGACUUUCAGUUGUGAAGUAACCCAAAGGCCUGACUUGGUCUCAGGGGUCCCGAUCAUUUCUCUAGUUCUUAGAGAACAUGCUGCUGUGAAGACAUAGCUUUCACAUGAACAAAGCUGGAGCAAUUAAGAUUUAGUUCCCCCCCCAAAAAAGAUCUUCAAUGAACAUAAAAGGACAUUUCUGGGGCUAACAGAAUGCUGCAACUUGGAUUUGAGACUUGAGCCACUGCUUGAAGGUAUGGUGAGGCCAACAGAUGAAGAGACAAUUGCCAUUAGAAAGAUAGCUUAUUUCCGAUUCUCAAGAGGAGAGUGGGACAUGCUGUACCAUGAAGGACCACACAACACAGCACCAAGCUAUUAAAUAAUAGGAGAAAAUGGAAUUGAAUAUGAAGCCGGCAUGGAACAGUGUAACAAUCCAUUAGGAGUCAACUGUAAUGAUGGUGAAGAGUCAGAAACAAAAGCUCAGGAAUUUGAGUGUCUAACCUGUAUGGACUCUGGUGAUCCUUCCUUUGAACAAAAUGAUUCUCCUAUCAUUUUGCCCAUCACUGCUCCUGAAGCAGAUGAUUCACUCACAUCACAGGAAAUACCACAGACACUGACUGAAACACAGACUCUUCCUGCAGAGCAAUUCCAUCUUGUGGACCAAAAUGGGCAAGCUAUUCAGUAUGAGCUUCAGCCAUUGGGAGAUUCUAAUGCACAAAUGAUGAUCAUUACCAGACCUUCAGAAAAUGGACAGGUGCUUCGUGUAAUUCCAUCUACCCAGACUGGAAUGGCGCAAGUGAUUAUACCUCAGGAGCAGCUUGUGGAUGUGAAUAGUCCUCCAGAUGUCUCCGAAGAGAAAUGCACUGACAGAAACUUACCAGCUGGAAGGAUAGACACUCUAGAAGACAGCACCAAUAAUUAUACUCUUCAUUCACAAACAUCCGUUGCAUUACCCAAAAAAAUGCUUGAAGAACCUUUGCUGGCUCCUCUUCAGCCACUUUCUUCUAACACACCUAUAUGGGCCUGUCGUCUUAGGAGUUGUGAGAAAAUUGGAGAUUCUUAUCGUGGCUACUGUGUAAGUGAGACUGAAUUAGAAAGUAUCCUAACAUUUCACAAGCAGCAAACACAGAGUGUUUGGGGAACACGCCAGUCUCCAAGCCCAGCCAAACCUGCUACACGCUUAAUGUGGAAGUCCCAGUAUGUCCCAUAUGAUGGAAUCCCAUUUGUCAAUGCAGGCCUUCUUGGGAGAAGAGCGGCUCCAAUCUCGUGGGUAUGGUGGUCAGCAGGCCUUAUACCUUGCUAUGUUGGGCCUUUGUAUACUCCUUCACUACAUGGCAACUUACAUCACCAAGAGACAGCAACCCAAGCAAGAGCAAGAAAGUACCCAAGAUGGAAGUUAUUCUUUUAUAACCAGUUAUCAAAAAAACCCAUCUUGUCACUUCUGCCAUAUUUACUAAGAAGGAGUCGAGCUGUAGUAAUGGAGUGUCAGUAUGGGCCCAGGAGAAAAGGAUUCCAGUUAAAAAAGAUCAGUGAACAAGAAAGUAGAUCUUGUCACUUCUACAAAGCUACUUGUCCAGCCAGGAUUUACAUAAAAAAGGUACAGAAGUUUCCUGAAUAUAGAGUACCUACAGACCCCAAAAUUGACAAGAAAAUAAUCAGAAUGGAACAGGAGAAAGCUUUUAACAUGCUAAAGAAGAACUUGGUGGAUGCUGGUGGUGUUCUUUGGUGGUAUGUACAAUUACCUACACAGCAAGCUCAUCAGUAUCAUGAGUUAGAGACUCCUUGCCUCCCUUUAUCUCCUUCCCCCUUUCCAACAUCUUCUCUUGAAGAAGAAGAAACUGUUGUCAGAGAUGAGAAUUGUGCAUUGCCCUCACGUCUCCAUCCUCAAGUAGCACAUAAGAUUCAAGAAUUAGUAUUGCAGGGAAUAGAACAAGUGUAUGCAGUAAGGAAACAGCUAAGAAAAUUUGUGGAAAGAGAACUUUUCAAACCUGAUGAGAUACCUGAAAGACAUAACUUAUCUUUUUUUCCAACUGUAAAUGAUAUAAAAAACCAUAUUCAUGAGGUACAGAAAUCCUUGAGGACUGGAGAUGUGGUAUAUAACUCAGAGAUUAUUCCAGCAACGCUUCAGUGGACUACAGAUAGUGGGAAUAUUCUCAGAGAGACUGUGACAGUUACAUUUGCAGAAGGAAAUUCACUAGGAGAAUCAGUUACUACCAAAGUGGGAACAAAUCAGACAGGGACUUUGUCUCCAGAGGCAGCUCACUUGCUCUCCCCACUUUCUUCAUUUCAGCCCAAAAUAUUUACGCAACUUCAGGGUUUGCAGUUACAGCCAAGACUCUCUCCUGAUGGAUCACCAGCUCUGAUAUCAGUAAAUAACCAUCCCUCCUCCAGUCCUUCAAGACUUCUGGAUUCAGUAGGAAAUGCUGUGGUGAAUAAUAAUUCUCUGUUGCUUGGUCAAAGUCAAAGUCUUCAAACAGAUACAUGCCUAACUCAAAACAAUAGUACUGCUUCCACCAUGGGGAACCUCCCAGAACCAGUUCAAAAUCUAGUUGCAAUGGAUCAGCUGGUGGAAGCUGAAGAUGUUGAGGAUACAGGGAUUCUGGAAAGAAGUGUACAUAGGAUUCUCUUGAGAGAUGAGCAGAGCAUUCCAAUACGAAUCAUAGACGGCCGCCCAGCUGUUAUUGAAGAAAAUCCAGAAGAUACUGUUUCCAUGAACCAAGUUAAACAAGAACCCAAAGAACCAACAUUGUCUAUAGAAGCAAAAAAAAUUUUGGACUGUAAAAAAUUAUCUGCUACAUAAAGAAUUAUCUGCUACAACUCUGUAAUUUCUGAUGUCUUAGAAGGUGAAGAUUACUAAAGCUUGACAUGAUGACUGGACUGGAGAUUGGUUUGAUAAGCAGCUUUGACUUGAUACUGGCAUAUUUGUUGCCAAUUCCAUAUUUUUAUCUCCUUAGGAAUUAUUUUACUUUAUAUUGUAUUCCUAUGAUCUAUGAUUAUCUAAUAAGGCCAGUAUUUCAAAAGAUCACCUGAAGUUAUCUUCAAUAAUUUAGUCUGAACACAAAUAGUUUUUUAUCUCAUCUCUGGAAAUACCCGGUUUGGGUUCUUAAAAGACAAAAAGACCAACAAUAAAAACAGUGUAUGAGCGCAUGUAUGGGUGUAUGUCAUCAAUUUUAAAGUUGUGAAAAAAUUUUUAGUUAGCAGAUAGGUGACAGAAUCUUGUAGUCUUAUCUUAUUUGGAAAGAUAAAGCAAAAGAUUUUUCAUAGUAACACAAGUUUCAAGCAGUCACAUCCCUGGCAACUGCACUUGCAAUUCAGCUUCUUGUAAGUUUUGUACUUUUAUCUAUAAAUGAAUAGAAUACUAAUGGUCAUCUGAUAGAAAUUUAAAUGUCUUGAUAGGAAUUGAAUAAUUUAGCUUGAAUUAACCAGAUAAGUAAAACAAAUAAAUAUAAAUUACACAGAUUUUAUUCAGUAUUGGAGAUAAAACUCUCUUUAGCAAUAGAAACAUGAAGAAGUUCAAAGAAUUUAAAGAAGUAUUGAAUUCCCUGCUAUUUAUAGAUCAUUUGGGGAACUUUUGAUGAUAGCAAAAUUUUAUUAGUGUUUUGAAGAUUCAGUUUUGGCUAGAAAAUAAUUUAAAUGGUAUGUACAUUUUUCUAUGCCAGAGUUCUCACAGAAUUGAUUGUAUUAGGAUUUAUGUAUUUCACGGUAAGUAUACAUAGUUUAAAUUUUAGUUCAUAUUUUAAACUUUUAAUGCCAGAUCUGAUAUUUGAUCAUUAAAUAAGUGUAUUUACUUGUAAUACCAAAUUACUAGUAAUCAGUAUAUUCAUUAUGAGCUUGUUUUCUGAAAGAUUGGCCAGCUAAAAAUUUCCAUUGUAACUGUCAAUAAAUCAACCUGGUUGAGUGGUGUGCAUCUGUAAUCCCAACACUCAGGAAGUAGUGACUUAUGAGUUUAGGUUAGCCUAAGCUAUACAGUAAGACCUUAUCUCAAAAGAAAGAGACAGAGAGAGGUACAUCCUAAAAGAUUUUGUUUUUUCUAGAGACUUAUUUGUGGAUAUAUUUUAAAUUUUGUUUCUUAAAAAUAAGGAGUCCAAGUGGAUAUUGAUGUUUAAUAUUCAAAGCAUGAACAAUACAAUAUGGAAUUUAACCUUAAUACUUUAUAGUCACUUUUUACUUUUCUAAGUCCAGUCUCCCAUUCUCAGUUUAGUUUGUUUUAGGUACAUGACAUAUUGCUAAAUGUAAAGCACUGUUAUUUUAGAAGUAGGUGGAACUCUAAAAUUCUUUGCUCUUUAGAUAGAUUUAUAUCCUAUUCAAUAUAAAUUUUAUUAUUUAUAUCUUACUUAUGCAAAGUUAAUAUCUACUUAUAUGUAUGAUUUUCAGUAAAAACUGCUUUUCCUUUUCUUAAGAACUGAAAAUAUUUGAUGCCAGUAUUUAUAGAGGUAGGCUGCUAAAUUUGAGUAAGUUCAACAGAACUUAGUAACCUCAGACCUGAAGUUCUCUCAGUCUGUGUGUACUUAAAAGGAGUAAGUCCAAAUAUAUAGUUUGGAAUUGUAUUAUAGGUAUUAUAAUAGUCUUUUCAUUUAUUAUCCUUUUUUUUUUUUUUGGCCUUUUUGAGACAGGAUCUCCCUGUAGCCCCAGCUGUCCUGGAACUCACUAUGUAGACCAGGCUGGCCUUGAACUCACAGAGAUCCGUCUGCCUCUGCCUCCCCAGUGUGGGGAUUAAAGGCGUGCGCCACCACACCGGGCCUCAUUUAUUAUCCUUUUUAUAGAAACUUUUUAAAAGAACUAAUAGGUCUUCACUUUACAAUAAUGAUAAAGAUUUAUUAUUAAAUAUUUCACUAGUUGAAUUAUAUUCUUUUGGAGACAUUCCUGUUUGAUGUUGAGCUACUAAGGAGAAAUGCUUGUUAAGAAACAACUAGUCCAUUUCCUGUGAGAAUGAGAAACAUCAGAGGAUUCAAAAUUUGCAUUUCAUCAAAAACAAACAUAAAAUAUGUUUCUGUCACUCAUUCUGUAUAAAUGUCUCUUCUGUUUCUAUUUUUUAUCAUGAGGACAGAAAGUUUACAUAUAUUGUUCCUACAAACAAAAACAAAACAGAAGACCAAACACAUGAAGGAAAAUUUAAAUCCUUAAUUGUAUACUCUUGUUUUUUAGAUAGAAACUGGAAGUAUUAAUAUUUUUGUGUAUUUAAAUGAGUAGUUCUUCAAAAAUGGUGUCUAAAUGAGUUUAAAAAUUCAUUUGUCUUCUAAAUGCAUGCAUACUCAACACAUCAGUAGUGUUUAAAGGUGUUUAGCAUCAUUUUAAAACUGUGUUUACAAAUUUUAAAUGUUUAAUUAAUUUUAAACGUACUAGAUCUUAAACACAAGCAUUCUCCUAACAACUCUACAGCAAAGUUUGACAAAUGUUCUUUUGUGUCAUAUAUUACAAAAUGUAAUAUCUGUAGUGAUAAGUUGGACAUUCAAAAUAAGCAGUUAGAAAUUCACAAUUACAGCCCAGUUUGUUUCUUCAUUGUAGUUUUCCUGUUCCAGACCUCCACGUGAAGUUUGCAUAUACAGCAGUAAGUUAUAGAUAAAAGAGCCAUGAUAGACUUUUCCCUCAGUAGUAAUUUUCUGUGUAAGCAGUUAGCAUACUUAAAAAGCUUUAACUCUAUAUGCAAGAUAAAUGUUUCCUAAGCAUCACAAAAGUAAUAGGAAACAUAAGUUUUGGGAUCCGGUCCUUUACUGAAGUUUCUAAUUUUGAGACCUUUCAUCUUGUAUUUCAUCUUCUUUAUAUCCUGUCAAAAUAUAUACUUAAUCAUGUAGGUAUGAGAUAUUGUUUACUUUAUGCUAGGUUUAUAAAGAGAUUUAAAAUGUGUGUGUAUAUACUGUAACUUAAUAUACAGUGUUCUUAUAAUGUAAUUUUUUCAUUAAA